AUGACAUUCAAGCAACCUAUCGAAGAUGCACAAUUGGUCACAGGAGACAUUCUCUCCUCCAGGUACUCUAAAUACUCGGUGGAGUGUGUCCUGGGGCGGGGCACGUUUGGAAAAGUUGCAAAAUGCACAAGGAUGGAGGACAGUAAGACUGUGGCCAUCAAAAUGAUUAAGAAAAAUCAUGUGGAAAUAGCGAAACAAGAGGUGGCUGUUCUGAAGAAAAUGAUAUCACUAGACCCAGACAAAUGCAACUUGGUUAAGUGGUACAGUUCUUUCAUUGAUAAAGAACACAUUUGCCUGGAGUUCGAGCACCUGGACAAAAGUCUUCAUGAUUUCAUGAAAGAAAGAAAGUACAGUCCUCUCCCUCUGAAAGAGAUCAGACCCAUUGUCCAUCAGAUCGCCAGUGCACUCAAUCACUUGAAGGAUGCCAAGAUUAUGCAUACAGACCUCAAGUUAGACAAUGUGAUGUUGGUUGAUCAGCAACGGGAGCCCUUCAGAGUGAAAGUGAUCGACUUCGGCCUGGCCCGUGACGUGUCAGCUGCCAAGUUGGGCUCUUGUGUUCAGAGCAUUCCAUUCAGGUCUCCAGAGGUCCUUUUGGGACUUCCCUUCACAGAGGCCAUAGACAUGUGGGCUCUGGGCUGCAUGGCUGCUACGCUGUACUUCGGCAACCUACUCUUCCCUGGGAAGAGUGAAUAUGAAACAAUAAAGUACAUUGUGGAAACUCAGGGUCAGCUACCUGACACCAUGCUCGACCAUGGAUUGAAAACUAGGACGUUUUUCUGGAGAGAUUCCACCAACACUUUCUGGAAACUCAAAACAACAGGAAUGUACUGCUAUGACACAGGGAUCCAACCGAAGGAGAACAGGAAGUUUUUCUUCACUUCUCUGGAUGACCUCCUGGAUGUCGGGGACAUCAGUUGUCCAAAUAAAACUGUCGACUCGUAUGAUAAACUGAUGUUUGUGAACAUGCUGAAGGGCAUGCUUAAGCUUGAGGCCAUGAAACGGAUCACACCCCAACAGGUGUUGGAGCAUCCUUUCAUCAGCAUGGUCCACAUUGCCAAUGGAUACUACCACAGCCACCAUGUUUGGUCGUGUUUUGAAAUGAUGAAGGUAUGUCAGAAAAACAUUGGGUCUUCUGACACUCAGACAGUGAGUGGGUCACAGAAUUCUUUUAGAACCAACAACCCCAUCCAGCAGAAUGGUCCAUCUCAUGUUGAGGAGAGAAACUUUGUGCAGCCCCACCACACCAACCUACAUCACUGCGUACAACCUUCUGAUAUGAAGAAGAUGGGUCCUGGUCAAGACUCUGGCUCUCACUACUACAACAGAGUGGAUGAUAUAAAUCAGUAUGCAUAUAGGAGCAGGCCGGCUGGUUACAACCAUUACCCUGGCGUGCAUCCUUCCAAUAAGAUGAAGACGGGUUCUUGUCAAGACUCUGGCUCUCACAACUACAAAAAAGUGGAUAAUGUCAAUCAGUAUGCAUAUAGGAGCAGGUCGGCUGGUUACAACCACCACUACUGCAAUAUUUUUGAUAAAUGUAUGACUGGACGAAUGUAUGACUGUAUGAUUGCUGUUAGUUCAUACAGCCACCACCCCGGCGUACGUCCUGAUUAG